AAGGGGAAAAAAAAUCUCCUUAUUUUUGGCCUCAAAUACCAAGAACCAGAGCACAGGCUGGAGCGCAGAGGGACGGAGGGAGCCCCGGGCUCUGGUUUCCUAAGCUGGCAAGAGCUGAUGGAGUCCUCGGGGCCCUGGAAGGCCUCCAGCUCCGGCCUCCUCCGACAGGAGGACAGGUGUCUUCAGCUGCGAGGCUGCCAGGGCCCCUGCUGCCAGGGCCACACACGUGUUUGUAGGGUUGAUACCACAGAUGGCUCCCAGAUUGCGCGGUACCUCCAGCCCUAGGAGCUGCCCAGCCCGGAGAACACCAUGAGCGAGCGUGAGGCACUUCCGGUGAGGUCGCUGGGUCACAGCAGAACCUGCCGGUGUCUGUGUGCUUUGGAACACAACCAGGCUGCAUGUCCCGGGACCAGCAGGAAGUCACUCUCCCAGAGCCCCGAUGUCACGGUGGGUGAGGGAAGGGCACACGGAGGGCGAGGCCUGGGACAGCCAGGUCCUUCCAUCCCUGCGCUUCCAAUAUCUCAGUCCACCACAGACUGCUCAAGCUGUGGGGACCCGACGACCCCACAACCUCGCAUCACGCUGUGAUGUUCACGCCAUGAUGAGGAUGCCUGGUGACACGCUUCUCGGUUUGUCCCUGGCAUUGGGUCACGUGUGGCUGUGCCAAUCAAAGCGCAAGAUGCGCCCCAUCUGUCCGGCCGCAGGCGGGAAAGAUCCUCGGUCAGGUUGAGCUUAUUCCAAAGGGACAAAUGAGCCCUGAGGCCUGGCACCGGGGACGAUCAGCCCAUUGGCUGCAGCCACCAGGGGAGCAGUCUUGGUGUGAUUCCAUCUCCAGAUUCUGAAGGGCCACCGCGGACACCAAGGCAGCCCCAAACCUCACCUCUGAAAACCUGACCUCCUGGCCACACACACCUAGGGCUUCAGUUGAAGCAGUUGGUGCUUUGAGCUGUAUGUAGUUGAGGUUCUCUGUCUGUACCUUUGCGUGCGUGUGUGUGUGUGCGCGCGCGCGCGCGCGCGCCUAUGUGUCUGCAUGUGCAUGUGUGACUAUGUGUAUGUAUGUGUGCACGUGUCAGUGUGUGUGCAUGUGUGAGUAUCUGUGUGAGUGUGUCCAUGUAAGCAUGUGCAUGUGUGAGUAUGUGAAUGUGUGUAUGUAUGUGUGAGUGGGUGUAUGUGUGCUUGCAUGAGUAUAAAUAUGUAUGUGUGUAUGAAUAUGUGUGAGUGAGUGUGUGUGUGUGUGUGUGUGUGUGUGUGUGUGUGUGUGUGUGUGUGUGUGUAGGCCAGAGGACAACCUCAGGUAUCAUAUAAUUGAUUCCUCAGGUAUGACAUCAUUUAUUUCUCAGAUAUGACAUCAUCAUUUACUCUUGAGAUAUGACGUCAUUUGUUCCUUGGGUGUCUUUCAGGGUUUCGCUCACUUGUCUGAUUGGGUGUUUGUUUGUUUGUUGAGACCGAGUCUUACUUUGUAGCCCAGGCUGAUCCUCUCAUCUCGGCUCCCUGCGUGCUGGGGUUUAAGAUGUGUGCACCGUGCCCAGAUCCACCUUACUUGGUUGAGACAGGGUCUUUGCCGCUCCAGGCAAUUAGGCGAGACUGACUGGCCAGGGCGCCCCAUGGAUCCUCCUGUCUCCACUUCCCCAGCCCUGCGGUCCCCGGUGCAUGCGGCCACACCCGUCUUCUCUUCACACCAGUUCUGGGUCUUGAACUCAGGUCCUCAAGCUUGCACGAGAACCACACUGCGCCGUCUCCGGAGCCCAAAUGCCCUUGGUGAGCGUUGAGUUCCCAAGAGGACGGGGAAGAAACAAAAAAAUGCAUGAAAGGAAAGAUGGGAGAAGCGGCCCGAGUCCGGCCUCGGAUGUUGGCAUCGUUCAGAGGCGUCUUGUCAAGCCGAGCUUCAUUCUGCCCGACGGCACAAUGGGCUUCAGAGUGGACGCCCUCGGCGCUGGCAGCAGAAGUCUGGCUCCACGCAUGGCUGCACACUGUAGGCAUUAGGAGCAGGUGUGGCCGUGCAGCUCUCUGCCAGCUGCACUCUGGCCUGGCACCUGGCCCAGGCGGGCAAGGCUCCCUCUGCUAAAGGAAAUGGAGUUUAACUCAGCGCUCAUGAACACUCCUCUGUGGCUGGCCGGGCCUCCCUUCGUGGAGGUUGGCACAGCGGCUUGGCCAAGCCGGCCGGCAGCUCAGCCCUGGAGGGAAACAGCCCGACCAGGCGUAGGGCAGGAACUCCGAGUCACACACCGCUGCGGUGAGCAAUGGAUCCUGUCCAGGAGGGGAGAACCAGAGACACGGAAUCCAGGCAUGGUGGUCAGAAGAGGAACGUCAGCCUCCUCCGUAGCAGCCAAGUCCCUCGGUUCAGCCGUAGCCCUGUCGUUGAUGGAAAGCCAGCGGCCUCUUUGUACUCAGCCCUGGACACAGUCCACAGCCAUCACCAUGGUACCCAUGGGAUUGCAGAGGUCAAAUACAGUUGGAGCGGGAGGAUCCGGGCAUGUUUGGCACAGACAUCCCCUGGUGUUCACUUCUGCGGAGCACCGCCUCAUAAAGGACACUGAGCACGUAAAGACAGCCGGGAAUUAGGAUGGCCGGAUCCAGGAGAGCCCUUUAUGGUGAAUAAAUGUGCCUUUCCCAGCACUCUCCCAGCAUUAUUCUUCUCAUGCUUCCCAGAGACUGGAGAGAACCCGAUCAAGAGCCCAGCCUGGGAUUGCAGGCAGCUGUUUAGAAAGCAGAGCCUGCCCUGCUCUGCAGGGGCUUUGGGGGUGGCUCAGGGGUUUAGGGUGGCAGGAUGUGCUGCUGAAUAAAUGUGUCCUCAGAGAAGUGGCAUUUGAAGAACAGGAACACAUAGUCAUGUGCUUUUAUUCCCUUUUUUUUUUCUUCAGCAAUCUGAAAAGGGGGUUCUGUGCAACAGUAGUGUAGCCACAGACUCAGACAGGCCUAACUUGCAAUUUACAGAGGUUGUGUUAAGUAGAAGCCAGAGCCCUGGGUCUGAAUACCAAUCCGGGAAUAAACAUGCAGGGCUCUGACUCACCUGAGAAGUCGAGCUGUUCUCUACACCACUUCCACAGAGGCAGGGCUGUGCGGGGCCCUUUCUCCACAGCCACAUCUAGGCAGGAACUCUGGAGGCCUGGUCAUUCCUCACCAUGACAGGGAGAAAGCAGAACCAAAUCUGAAAUCUGGUCACAUCACUGGCCUCAGGGGAGAAGACCAGAGAUGAACUUAACUCCAGGGAGAAAGUGAUGUAGCCACUCAGCUCCCCAGGCUUGCUCAAGUCGUGUGAACUGGAAUCCAGCCUCUGUAGCCCCUCAUCUCCAUGUUUCAGCCCCACACCUGUAGAUAUGGAGUGGGAAUGCCCCCACUGAACAGUUUUCUUCAGGUUAACCACAGCUGUCAAUCAGCCGGCCUGACAAAACCCAAGUCCUCACACCACUGGGGGCUCAAACAAUAUGGAGGUGGGAUUAGUGGGCAACGGACGGGAAGUGCCGUCCCCUUUUCAGGACAGAGAACGACUUCAAUGUGAAGAAGCUGGUGCACACGCCCGGAGGGCGGAGGGUUGUGAAGCCUUCCAUCUGGGCUGCUCCAGCCACAGCAAAGGGAGAUUGAGAAGGUGGCUCUUCCAUCUUGGGUGCUAGGAAGUGUAGAGCUAGUCCAGAACACAGGCGGGCACAGCCUUCAAUGGUGCCUCUGAGAGUCCACAGCUGCCAGCCAGCCCAGCAACGUGCUGCAGCCUCCCCAAACGGCACCACUAUCUGGGGACCUGGUGCUUGAAAUACAAGACUUAUGGGACAUUUCAGAUUCAAGUUUAGUGUCUGUAUUUCUAUGUCAGUAGCUGAAGUAGACUUAUCAGCUCCUGGAAGACAGAAACAGUUCACCAAUGUCCGUUAUGUUCCUUACCACCACCACCACCAUCAUCACCAUCAUCAUCACCACCACCACCAUCACCACCACUAUCACCAUCACCACCACCAUCAUCAUCACCACCAUCACCACCACCAUCACUACCAUCAUCAUCAUCACCACCAUCAUCACCUUUAUCACCAUCACUACCAUAAUCACCAUCAUUACCACAAUCACCAUCACCACCAUCAACAUCAUCACCAUCACCACCAUCAUUACCACCAUCACCAUCACCACCACCACCAUCAUCAUCAUCAUCAUCACCACCAUCACCACCAUCAUCACCUUUAUCACCAUCACUACCAUAAUCACCAUCAUUACCACAACCAUCAUCACCACCACCACCACCAUCACCAUCAUCACCAUCACCACCUGUGGAGGGAAGUUUCUCUGGCCCCGCCGGCCCCAAGGUCCAGACAAAUCUCUCCCACCCAUGGACCUGCAGCCACUUAUAAAAUAAUUACUCAGAAGCUUAAUAUUAAUUACAAACUUAUGGCCUAUGGCUCAGACUUCAUGCUAGCUAGCUCUUAUAACUGAAUUCAACCCAGUUUUAUUAAUCCAUGCAUCACGUGUUCCGUGGCUUUACCUGUGCUCUAUCACAUGCUGCUCCUUGGACAGCGGGUUGGCGCCUCCCUCCACUCUCCUUUCUUCUCUCACUAUCUCUUUUGGAUUUUCCCAUCUGGCUCCAUCCUGUCCUGCCAUAGGCCAGGGCAGCUUUAUUUAUUAUCCAGUGGGAACCACUUACAUUCACAGCAUACAGAAAGACAUUCCACAGCAACCACCAUAAUAACCAUCACCAUCACCGCCAUCACCACCAUCACCACCAUCACCGCCAUCACCACCAUCACUAUCAUCAUCACCAUCACCACCAUCACCGCCAUCACCACCAUCACCAUCACUAUCAUCAUCACCACCAUCACCACCAAUCACCAUCAUUACCAUUAAUGACCACAUCAUCACCACCACAAUCACCAUCACCACCACCACAAUUAUCACCAUCACCAUCAUUACCACCACCAUCAUCGCCAUCAUUGCCAGCAUCACCAACCUUAACCAAAAUGUGCUUAUCAACUUUACCAAUCUAGACACUUUUGAUAACUUCAUCCCUGUGGUUUGGGAGAACAGAUCAUAUCCUAACAAUGUUGAUUUCAGGCUGGAGAACCCUCCUCGGGAUAAUGAGGGUCAUUCCACGGUGAUAAAGGGGUAAAUUCAUUGAAAGGAUGUAACAAUUGUAAAUAUGUAUUUAUCUAUCACAAAACUUCAAAAUAUGAGAACCAACAACUGAUAGAACUAAAUCAAACACAGACAAGCCCACAAUUACAACCCGAGAUUUCAGUCCCCCUAGCCCAAUCAUUAAUAGACCGGCAGACAUAAAAUCAAUACGGGUAUUGGGAGCUGAGAAACACAAUCAACCAAAUGGGCCUAAUUGACAUUUAUGGAAUGGCAGACCAAACACCAGCAGAAUACUUAUUUUUCAAGUACACAUGGAAUAUUUUACCAAUAGAGAUCAUUUUCUGGGCCAUCAAACAAGUCUCAGUAAAUAUGAUUUAAUACUGCAAAGCAUAGUGUCUAACCACAGUGGAGUGAAAUCAAAAAGCAAGAACAGACAUCUAGAAAAUUCCUGUUUUUGGAAACCAAGGCUGGACCAGAACUUGUUGGCGUCCAGUGUUGUGGCGCAUUAGAAAGGGAGGAAGUUCUUGAGGUGGUGAGGCAGUUUGCACCUUUACAGACUGAGAACAUGGAGAUCCGAUUAAACCCAAGGUCACUCAGAGAAAGAAAAUACUUAAAAAGAAGGAAGGAAAGGAGAGAGGGAGGGAGGGAGGGAG